AUGUCUUCGCAAAAUACAAGCAAAGAAACAAGCAAAGCAAUUGGUAUCGAUCUUGGUACGACGUACAGCUGUGUGUGUGCGUACAGGAACGGUGAACUAGAGGUAAUAUCAAACGAGGAGGGAGCAAGGAUCACUCCAUCUAUUGUGGCAUUUGAUGAUGAAGGAAAUAUUGUCAUAGGAACUGCCGCCGAGCACAGGCUUACUUCCAACCCGGACAAGGUUGUGUACGAUGUGAAGAGGCUGAUUGGGCGAGGAUAUGACUCGCCGGUUUUGGAAUCGAGUAUCAAGAAGUGGCCAUUCCGUGUAGUGCGCUGGGACAACGAUAGAAACAGCACAACUGAUAGGCCGGCAAAGAGUGAUGCUGUGGACAACAUUAGAAUAGAAAUAAUGAAGGGUGGCAAGGUUAUGCAUUACGAUCCUAUGGAAAUAUCGGGGUAUGUGCUCGGUUUCUUGAAAAGGGCUGCCGAGGCGGUACUCAAUUCAGGUGUGACCACCGCGGUCAUCACGGUACCUGCGCAUUUCAAUGACAAUCAGAAGGAGAAGACGAAGAUGGCAGCUGAGAUUGCAGGGUUCAAGAAUGUGCGUCUGCUCAACGAGCCUACUGCUGCAGCGCUUUCAUAUGCGUAUGACAAGAUGAGAAGGAAGGAGGCCAAUAAAGAAGAAACCGUGUUAGUAUUUGAUUUAGGUGGUGGUACGUUCGAUGUGAGCAUUCUCAAAUUUGAACCGCCGUCUGAGAGCGGAGCGAUUGCCGAGGUGCUCAACACCGAGGGUGACACGUUCCUUGGAGGUGUUGACUUCGAUAACGUGCUGUUUGAGCACUGCCUGGCAUUGUUCUUGAAGCAGAAUCCAAGCGUUAAGAAGGAGGAGAUCAAGGACAGAGCGAAGAGGAGAUUGAGGAUGGCAUGCGAAAAGGCGAAGAGGAACCUGUCAGCAAUGAAUUCCACAACGAUUGAGAUUGAGUGUCUGCACAGCGAUCUGGGACUUUGCACUUCCAUCACACGUGCACUCUUCAACAGUCUGUGUAUGAAGUAUUUCAGACGGUGCAUGGACCGCGUGAAGGGGUGUCUGCUCGGUCUGGCGAAGGUCAAGCCUGAUUACACUUCUGAGGGCUUCUUGACAGCUGCGUCUGCUGCCAAUACCUCAGCGAUUAAUGAUGCAAUUGCGCAGGUUGAUCGUGUGAUUGUGGUUGGCGGUAGCAGCAGAAUCGUGAAGAUCAGAGAAAUGCUUGCAGAAAUAUUUGGUGAGCACAAACUUGAUUUUAGCGUUCAUCCAGAUGAGGCAAUUGCACGUGGUGCGGCGUACCAGGCUGCACUCAUAUCGGGUGGUACAUCUCUUGAUGUAGAGUGCCCGCUACUUCUGUUGGACACGGUUCCGCUUAACAUCUCGAUUGAGACUCUUGGUGGAGUUGCGACCAACAUUAUCAAGAAGAAUACGGUGAUACCAACUGCCAAGACUGAGGUGUUCAGUACGGCUUCGGAUAAUCAGACAAGCGUGACAAUCAAUAUUUACGAAGGACUUGGCGAGAUGGUCGAGCACAACAACCUUAUUGGCAGUUUCAAUCUGUGUGGUAUCACGCCUGCACGGCGCGGUAUGCCACAGAUUGAAGUAACGUGUGAUGUGGACAACAACGGAAUAUUGGUGGUUACCGCACGUGAAAAGGGCAGUAACAAGAGUGAGAAGCUGACGGUGAGCAAUUCGAAUAGGAAGACCACACCUGAGCAGCUUGAAGAGAUGCACAAGAAGCACAAAGAGUUUGAGGAGGCGGAUCGCAAGAAGAAAGAGAAUGUAAGUGCCAAGAUUGAGUAUGAGGCUAUGUUGUACCAACUGAAUGAGAAGGUGGCAGAGGUGCCUGAUCAGAACGUGAAGAGCAGUCUUGAGACAUCGUUGAAGCAGCAUCAAGAGUGGCUUGAUGCGCAUCCUAAUGCUGACAAGGACGAGUAUGUGACCAAGAAGGAUGAAUUGAUGGGUCUUUUGCAGCAGGUUGCCGGUAGUGCACAAGGUGCUGCUCCUGGUGGUUUUGAUGCCAGCAAUUUUGGUGGUGCGCCACCACAUAGUACGACUGAGCCUAAGGUUGAUGAGGUUGAUUAAAGUACUUUUAGUUAUUAA